UCCUCCAGUGCCCUCCUCCUCAGGGUCCUCCUCAGAGCUCUUCUUCCUCUGAGUGCCUCCUCGGAUUCCUGCAGGGCUCCAGACACCUCUUGCCUCUCCUCUGCUGAGCUUCAGAACACACCACACAGGUAUCUGGAGUAUGGAAAGCUGCAAAUCUUGGAGUUACACAGCUGUGAGCUGCCAUGUGAUCGCUGGGAAUUGAACCUGGGUCCUCUAGAAGAACAUCUGAUGCUCUUUAAUGCUGAGUCAUCUCCUCAACACCCUACAUCAUCAUCAGUAUCAGUGUCAUCAUCAUCAUCAUCAUCAUCAAUAUCAGUAUCAUCAGCAUCAGCAUCAUUUUGAGACCCUGGAGCUCAUCCUUUCAGCUAGACAAACUAGCCAGAAGCCUGGGGAGCAGUGGGACAGCCAUGGAGUUGCUGACUGGGCAUGGCCUGUGGCCUGUGGCCAUGUUCACGGUCAUCCUCAUAUUACUGGUGGAUCUGUUGCACCGGCGCCAACGCUGGGCUUCUCGCUACCCACCAGGCCCUGUGCCAUUGCCUUUGCUCGGCAACCUGUUGCAGGUGGACCUCAAGAACAUGCAGUACAGCGUGCACAAGGUGUGAUUCUUGCCCCUUACGGGCCUGAGUGGAGAGAGCAGCGACGAUUCUCUGUGUCCACCCUGCGCAACUUGGGCCUGGGCAAGAAACCACUGGAGCAGUGGGUGACAGACGAGGCUGGCCACCUCUGUGACGCCUUCAAGGACCAGGCUGGGCGUCCCUUCAAUCCCAGCACGCUGCUGAACAAGGCUGUGUGCAAUGUGAUCACGUCCCUCAUUUUUGCUCGCCGCUUCGAGUAUGAAGACGCUAACCUCAUCAGGAUGCUGAGACUGCUGGAGGAAGCUCUGACCAACAUCUCUGGCUUCAUUCCUGAGAUUCUGAACACAUUCCCAGUGCUCCUGCACAUCCCAGGGUUGUUUGACAAGGUGUUCUCUGGGCAAAAGACCUUCGCGGCCAUAGUGGAUAACCUGCUGACUGAGAACAGGAGGACCUGGGACCCUGAACAGCCACCCCGAGGCCUUACUGAUGCCUUCCUGGCAGAAAUGGAAAAGGCCAAGGGGAAUCCUGAGAGCAGCUUCAAUGAUCAGAAUCUGCGCAUGGUGGUGAAUGACCUGUUCAUUGCAGGGACAGUGAGCACCUCAACAACACUGUCCUGGGCCCUGCUGUUCAUGAUCCAGUACCCAGAUGUGCAGCGCCGAGUCCAACAGGAGAUCGAUGACAUCUUAGGACCGGGGAGAAGCCCAGAGAUGGCAGACCAGGCCCGCAUGCCCUACACCAACGCUGUCAUUCAUGAGGUGCAGCGCUUUGCAGAUAUCGCCCCACUGAACUUGCCAUGCAUCACAUCCCGGGACAUUGAAGUUCAGGGAUUCCUCAUCCCCAAGGGGACGACCCUCAUCACCAACCUGUCCUCAGUGCUGAAGGACGAGACCGUCUGGGAGAAGCCCCUCCAUUUCCAUCCUGAACACUUCCUGGAUGCCCAGGGCUGCUUUGUGAAGCAGGAGGCCUUCAUGCCAUUCUCAGCAGGCCGCAGAGCAUGUCUGGGGGAGCCCCUGGCCCGCAUGGAGCUCUUCCUCUUCUUCACCUGCCUCCUGCAGCACUUUAGCUUCUCGGUGCCCGCUGGGCAGCCCCGGCCCAGCGACCAUGUAGUCUUAGGUGUUUUGAAAAGCCCAGCCCCCUACCAGCUCUGUGCAGUUCCUCGCUAGCAGGACACCAAUUCAAUCCACCCUAGCUUUGUCUGAUCCUCCCACAGUAAAACAGUUUUGUGACUGUCAA